AUGGCAAUUGAUGAUAAUUCAGGUAAUAACACCAUUACAACACCGACUGGACCUGUUCUCGACCACAAUCACCCACUUUACUUGCAUCCGUCCGAUGGACCAGGUUCGUUGUCAAUUGGCUUACUGUUAACUGGAAUGGAAAAUUACACGCUAUGGAGUCGAGCUAUGAAAGUAGCUCUCUUAGGAAAGAACAAAUUGUGUCUGGUUGAUGGUACCACCUCAAAAGGUGAUUUUGGAUCUGGAUUAGCUCAUCAGUGGGAUCGUUGCAAUGCCAUUGUUACUUCGUGGCUAAUGAGCAACGUAAGCUCACACCUUCUUACUAGUGUUUUGUUCUCAGAAAAUGCUCAAACAGUUUGGGCACGACUCAAGGAACGUUUUGAUAAAGUGAAUGCUUCAAGGCUUUACUACUUGCACAAAGAGAUUUUCACUUCAACACAGGGGAUUUCAUCGGUGUCAGUUUAUUUCACAAGGCUAACAGAUAUAUGGGUAGAGUAUGAUGCUAUAUUACCACCACCACCAGUCAAGGAUUAUGUUGAACAAUUGAAUUUUCAGAGAUUGUUACAAUUUUUGAUGGGCUUAAAUGAUAGUUUUGAACAAGCCAGAAGCCAGAUUCUAAUGAUGCCUAAUGUUCCUUCCAUUAAUCAAGCAUAUGCAAUGAUAGUUCAAGAUGAAAGUAGGAGAACAAUUUCAAGUAGCCAGUUUAAUACUCAUACAGGGCAAGUAGAGCCUACUGCUAUGUUUACUUCACAAUAG